AUGGAAGGACAGUGUCUUUUGGUCUUUCGAAUUAACAAUGACGACAAUGGACAUCUUGGCUCCAACGGGGAGGCAGAUAGCAAGAUAGUAUCUUGUAGCUCCAACAGAAAGGCAGAUAGCAAGAUAGUAUUUCUCUGCUCCAAUAGAAAGACAAAUAGCAAGACAAUAUCUCUUUGUUCCAACAGGGAGGCGACAGCUAUUAUAGCAAGACAGUAUCCUGUAGCUUCAACAGAAAGGCAGAUAGCCAGAUAUUAUCUUGUAGCUCCAACAGAGAGAAGGAAGCCCAUAUCCACAUCGCAUCUUUCCUCGAACCAAAACGAUCUGGAGAAGGCAGGAGAGAAGUUGAAUGAAAGUCCAAGACAAGCAGAGCUUAGUGUCUUUUUGUGCCGAAGGACUGUUAUGAGUCGGAUGAAUCAAAAGCUAGAACCCUUAUUGAACGAUACUGAUUUGAAUUGUAACCGAUUGCUCGAGGUGGGUGGAUAUGGUCGCAGACUUUCUGCCAACCCGGAAGCUUGGAGGAAAGUGUCUUUUUAA